GUUUGAAAUUAAACGGCCAACGUGUGCUGCGGAUAAAAGAGUUUGUUUGGUGUUCGGAAAGCACCGAAGUAUCCUCUCCUUUCCCUCUCAUUUUUUUUUUCAGAGAAAAUGUCUCAAUAAAUAAUUACACAAAAAUUUUCCUCUCUUGUACAAACUAUAUUAUUACGCGAAACGUCAAAAAAAAAUUCGGUCUUCCAAAAAUAUCAAGGAGUCAGUUGAAUUAUAAUUUUUCCGUGUAAUAGCAGUGAACAAAAAAUAUAAAAUCAUGGCUACUAUUCGUGUACAUGAGGAUCAGGAAAAUCGCGUUAUCGCUGAUAUUCGACGACAGGGCAAGGAAAAUGCUUCGGUGCCACUACAAAAUCAAAAUCAACAACAAAAACGAGCUGUACUUGGAGUCUUACAAAAUAAUUGUUCACGAGCAUCAAAACCGGAAAAUUGCAAGGAUGAAAAGUCGAAGGGAAAAAAUUAUAUUCCAAUUAAUUAUGAACAGCAAUUUCAUGUCUGCGAUGAUAGAAAGGAAGACACAAUGUUCCAAAUUUAUGAGGAUAAAUUACAAGAAGAGACGUCUGUUGCAUUGCGCGAGACAAAUGAGGGUAAAGAAUUGAAAAUAAAACAUGUAAGUGAGCAAGUGACAACGAUAAAAGUUGAAAAGGAAAAGCCAACAUUGCAAGUGAGUCCAACUCCAAUUAACAAGAUUGUCACGAGUACAAUUCAAAUUCAUCAUGAUGAUAAUGAUAAUGAUAAUGAUGAUGAUGAUUUAAAAAAAGAUAAUGUCGAAUGUCCAAUGUCACUUGAAAAAUCGAUUUCAUCAUUUUCCGAUUCAUUGAAAAAGGAUAGCCGAACAAAAGCCGAAAUUAAUAAGGCAAUUAGAACAAAUUUCUUUGAAGUCAAUGAAUAUCGGGCUGAUAUUUACAAUUAUCUAAGGAGUGCUGAGACUGUGCACAGACCAAAAGCUGGAUACAUGAAGAAGCAGCCAGACAUUACUCAUUUAAUGCGUUCAAUAUUGGUCGAUUGGUUAGUUGAAGUCGCUGAGGAAUAUCGAUUACAAAGCGAGACCCUUUACCUCGCUGUUUCUUAUAUUGAUCGAUUUCUUUCCUAUAUGAGUGUCGUUAGAGCAAAACUACAACUUGUUGGCACCGCCGCAAUGUUUAUCGCAUCAAAAUACGAGGAGAUUUAUCCACCAGAUGUUGGUGAAUUUGUUUUCAUCACUGACGAUACAUACUCAAAGAAGCAAGUUUUGAGAAUGGAACACUUAAUUCUUCGAGUGUUGUCUUUUGAUCUUACUGUACCCACUCCGCUUUCAUUUCUUAUGGAAUAUUGCACGAGCAAUAAUCUCUCUGAAAAGAGUCAAUUUUUAGCAAUGUACUUAUGUGAAUUAUCAUUGCUGGAAGCGGAUCCAUAUUUGCAUUUCUUGCCAAGUAUUUUAGCAGCGUCGUCCGUUUCAUUGGCACGACACACUCUCAAUGAAGAAGUCUGGCCUCAUGAAUUGGAACUCUCCUCUGGCUACAGUUUACAGGAUCUGAAAGCCUGUAUUAUAUGCUUGCAGCGCACCUUCAACAAUGCCAACAACCUACAGCAGCAAGCAAUUCAAGAAAAAUAUAAAAGCAGCAAAUUCGGACACGUGUCUCUUCUAUUGCCAAGAAACAGUUCAGUGUUUGAUUGUGAGGAAGAUCUUGAAAGUGUCUAGCAGAAAAUUAAUUUCUAACUGCAAAUCAAAGUAGUAACGAACCUCCGUGCAAGGAAAAGUCGUAAUUAGACACCAGGAGGGGAUUGAAGCAAGACUGACAUGCCAAUAAAAUACCCUCGCGUCCUUGUGAAAAGCUAAUUAAAAACGAAAAAAGAAAAUUCAAAGGAAGACACACACACCCACACACACACACAAAACACAUACACAUAUUUCACAAAUACAUCGGAUUCAAAUAAUUACGCUGAAAAAGUGUUUCAAAAAAACGUAUUCGCAUCCUACGUUUUAAAAGGGGAAAGAAGAAGAAGAAGAAGAAAAAAAACAAUUUUAACGUGUUUUCAGAGCCAAUUGCUCUAUAUUGUCUCGCGUUAUUUAAAAACUUAUUAGCAUCAUUUUUUUAUACUAGUUAUAAACCAUUUGUAAUGCAAUCUUUUUUUUAAAAAAAAAACUCUGCACGUCUUAUUGAUAAUGUUGUGAGUACAAGGAAUGAAGUUUCGAAGAAAGGGGAAUUUCGAUCGUUUUUAUUUAGAGAAAGGAAAAAAAUACAAAACAAAUAAAAAUGGAAAAGAAACGAUCAAAACUCAUUUCAAGGGGGAAUGCUUGGAAUGCUUUUUAAACAAAUUUUUUUCCACUUUUUUUUUACUUUCGGAUAUACUUGUCCAUUGUGAUAAAAUUACUGUCUUUUAGUGUUUUUAAUUAAACUUUUUUGUCACGUUUUAACAUUAUUUUUUUUUCUAUAAAUUAUUUUUUUUUCUGUAUGUCAAUUCGAAAAUUCAUUAGUUAUUCAAGUAAACAAAAAAAUAUUGUUUGUUUAAAAAGAAAACUGAUUAGAAAGAAAAGUAGACUUUUGAUUUCAUUAUUUUUUUCCAGGAGAAAAGAAAUUUUGAGCAUAAAAUUUGGAACGACACAUUAAAUUUGCAGUAUAAAAAAAAA